GGUCCCGUGUGCGCCCGAGGACCAGGCUGGACUCCUAGGGGGCGACUCAGGAUGAGGACGCGCCGGGCGACCCUUCGCCGCGCCGCGGAGCUCCUCGUGCUCCUCCUCAGGUGCUUCGGGGUGGCGGAGCCCUCUGGCCACGCAGGCAAUGAUCCAUUCACCAUUGUCAAUGAAAAUGUGGGCAAGUGCAUCAAGCCACUGAAUGACUGGAUAGUAGCAACAGACUGUGAUGGAAGUAGGGACAUGUUAUGGAAGUGGGUGUCCCAGCAUCGGCUCUUUCAUUUGCAAUCCCAGAAGUGCCUUGGACUAGAUAUUACUAAACCCACAGAUUCCUUGAGAAUGUUCAGCUGUGACUCCAGUGCCAUGCUGUGGUGGAAAUGUGAGCACUACUCUUUGUAUGGAGCUGCCCAGUACAGAUUGGCUCUGAAGAAUGGACAUGCUAUAGCAAGUACAAAUUCAUCUGAUGUCUGGAAGAAAGGAGGCACAGAGGAAAACCUCUGUGAUCAACCUUACCAUGAGAUAUAUACCAGAGACGGGAACUCCUUUGGCAGACCUUGUGAAUUUCCAUUCUUAGUUAACGGGACCUGGCAUCAUGAGUGCAUUCUUGAUGUAAAUCAUGGUGGGCCAUGGUGUGCAACCACCUUAAACUAUGAAUAUGAUCAGAAGUGGGGCAUCUGCCUAAUUCCAGAAAAUGGCUGUGAAGCUAACUGGGAAAAGAAUGAGCAGAUUGGAAGUUGCUACCAAUUUAAUACUCUGGCAGCUCUUUCUUGGAAGGAAGCUUAUGUUUCAUGUCAGAAUCAAGGAGCCAACUUACUGAGUAUCAGCAAUACUGAUGAAUUAACUUAUCUUAAAGAAAAAGAAGGCAUUCCAAGAAUUUUCUGGAUUGGCUUAAAUCAACUAUACUCUACUAGAGGUUGGGAAUGGUCAGAUCACAAGCCAUUAAACUUUCUCAACUGGGACCCAGAUAUGCCUAGUACACCUAUGAUAAUAGGUGGAUCAAGCUGUGCAAGAAUGGAUGCCAGGUCUGGUCUAUGGCAGAGUUUUUCCUGUGAAGCUCAACUGCCCUAUGUCUGCAAGAAACCAUUAAAUAACACAGUGGAGUUCACAGAUAUUUGGACAUAUUCAGAUACGCACUGUGAUGAAGGCUGGAUGUCAAAUAAUGGGUUUUGCUAUCUGCUGGUAAAUGAAAGUGAUUCCUGGGAUAAGGCACAUAUGAAAUGCAAAGCCUUAAGCAGUGACCUCAUCAGCAUUCAUUCUUUAGCAGAUGUGGAGGUUGUUGUCACAAAACUCCAUAAUGGAGAUGCCAAACAAGAAAUAUGGACAGGUCUUAAGAACAAAAAUAUACCAACUUUAUUUCAGUGGUCAGAUGAUACGGAAGUUACUUUAACAUAUUGGAAUAAAAAUGAGCCAAAUGUUCCCUACAACAAGACUCCCAACUGCGUUUCCUAUUUAGGAAAGCUAGGUCAGUGGAAAGUCCAAUCAUGUGAAGAGAAGCUUAAAUAUGUAUGUAAGAAAAAGGGAGAAAAAAUGAAUGAUACAACAUCUGAUAAGAUGUGUCCUCCAGAUGAGGGUUGGAAAAGACAUGGAGAAACCUGUUACAAGAUUUACAAGGAUGAGGUCCCUUUUGGAACCAAGUGCAAUCUGACUAUAACUAGCAGAUUUGAGCAAGAAUACCUGAAUGAUAUGAUUAAAAAGUAUACUAAGUCUCCAGGAAAAUACUUCUGGACUGGCCUGAGAGAUACAGAUUCACAUGGAGAGUAUAGCUGGACAGGUGUUGGUGGAGUAAAGCAAGUUGUAACCUUUUCCAACUGGAAUUUUCUUGAGCCAGCUUCUUCAGGUGGGUGUGUGGCUAUGGCUACUGGAAAGUCUCUUGGAAAGUGGGAGGUAAAAGACUGCAGAAAAUUCAGAGCACUUUCAAUUUGCAAGAAAAUAAGUGGGCCCAUUGAGCCUGAAGAAGUAGCUCCCAAGCCUGAAGACCCCUGUCCUGAAGGCUGGCAUAGUCUCCCCUCCAGUCUUUCUUGUUAUAAGCUGUUUCAUAUAGAAAGAAUUGUAAGGAAAAGGAACUGGGAGGAAGCUGAGAGAUUCUGCCAAGCUCUUGGAGGACACCUUCCUAGCUUCAGUCAUAUAGAUGAAAUAAAGGAAUUUCUUCACUUUUUAAUGGACCAGUUCAGUAACCACCGUUGGCUAUGGAUUGGUUUAAAUAAAAGGAGCCCAGAUUUACAAGGAUCCUGGGAGUGGAGUGAUCAUACACCAGUGUCUACUAUCAUCAUGGAAAAUGAGUUUCAGCAGGAUUAUGAUAUCAGAGACUGUGCUGCUGUCAAGGGCACCCACAGGCCAGGACGAAGAAGCUGGUAUUUUUAUAAUGACAGAGACUUUAUUCACUUAAGACCUUUUGCUUGUGAGACAAAACUUGAAUGGGUAUGCCAGAUUCCAAAAGGCCUAACUCCAAAAACACCAGACUGGUACAAUCCAGAGCGUGCUGGAAUUCAUGGACCUCCGGUUGUAAUUGAAGGGAGUGAAUAUUGGUUUGUUGCUGAUCCUCACUUAAACUAUGAAGAAGCUGUCCUGUACUGUGCUAGCAAUCACAGCUCCCUGGCUACACUGACAUCUUUUGCAGGAAUAAAAGCCAUCAGAAACAAAAUAGCAAAUAUAUCUGGUGAUGAACAGAAGUGGUGGGUGAGAACUUCUGAGCAGCCCAUAGAUCGUCACUUUAUAAACUCACGCUAUCCAUGGGAUCACUUUCCUAUAACAUUUCGGGAGGAAUGCUUGUACAUGUCUGCCAAGACUUGGUUUAGCGACUUAAAUAAGCCAGCAGACUGUAGUACCAAGUUGCCUUUCAUCUGUGAAAAAUAUAAUGUGUCUUCAUUAGAAAAAUAUAGUCCAGAUUCCACAGCUAAAAUACAGUGCUCUGGGGAUUGGAUUGCUUUUCAGAAUAAGUGUUUUCUCAAAAUCAAACCCAAGUCUCUCACAUUUUCUCAAGCAAGUGAUACUUGUCACACCUAUGGUGGCACUCUUCCUUCAGUGUUGAGCCAGAGAGAACAAGAUUUUAUUACAUCCUUGCUUCCGGAUAUGGAGGCUACUUUAUGGAUUGGUCUGCGCUGGACUGCCUAUGAAAGGGUAAACAAGUGGACAGAUAACAGGGAGCUGACAUACACUAACUUUCACCCAUUACUGGUUGGUUGGAGGCUGAAAAUACCAACAAACAUAUUUGAGGAAGAGUCCCAAUACUACUGUGCUCUAAUGCUCAACCUCCAAAAGUCACCUUAUACUGGGACAUGGAAUUUUACUUCCUGCAGUGAAUACCACACUCUGUCUCUCUGUCAGAAAUAUUCAGAAAUUGAAAGCAGACAGACCUUGCAGAAUACUUCAGACACUAUAAAGUAUCUAAAUAAUUUGUACAAAAUAAUCCCAAAGAGUCUGACAUGGUUUGAUGCUCUGACGGAGUGUCAGAAAGAAAACAUGCACCUGGUGAGCAUCACAGACCCUUACCAGCAGGCCUUCCUAACUGUACAGACGGUCCUUCAUAACUCUUCUUUAUGGAUUGGACUCUCCAGUCGAGACGAUGAACUCAACUAUGGCUGGUCAGAUGGGAAACAUCUUCAAUUUAGUCGCUGGAUUGAAAAUAAUAAGCAACUUGAAGACUGUGUAAUAUUAGACACUGAUGGAUUCUGGAAAACAUCUGAUUGUGAACAUAAGCAACCAGGUGCUAUUUGCUACUAUCCAGGAAAUGAGACUGAAAAAGAGAUCAAACCGGUUGACAGUGUCCAGUGUCCAUCUCCUGUUCUGUCGACUCCGUGGAUACCAUUUCAGAACUGUUGCUACAAUUUCAUGAUAGGAAAGACUAAAUAUAAGUCAGUAACACCAGAUGAAGCUCAUUCUACAUGCCAGAAUCUGAAUCCAAAAUCACAUGUUCUGAGUAUUCGAAAUGAAGAAGAGAAUAACUUUGUUCUUGAGCAACUUCUGCACUUGAAUAAUAUGGCUUCAUGGGUCACAUUAGGUAUAACUUAUGAAAAUAAUUCUCUGGUGUGGUCUGAUAAGACCAUGCUGUCAUACACGAAUUGGAGAGGAGGAAGACCAGAUAUAAAAAAUGGCAAUUUUUUUGCUGGCUUGAGUACUGAUGGCUUUUGGGAUAUUCAAACCUUCAAUGUUAUUCAAGAAAUAAUUCAGUUUAACCAGAACAGCAUUCUUGCUUGUAAAAUUGAAAUGGUUGACUACAAGGAAGAAUAUAAUGCUACUCUGCCACAGUUUAUUCCGUAUGAAGAUGGUAUUUAUAAUGUUAUUCAAAAAAAGGUAACAUGGUAUGAAGCACUGAACAUGUGUUCUCAAAGUGGAGGUUAUUUGGCAAGUGUUCAUGACAAAAAUGGCCAAUUCUUUCUGGAAGAUAUCGUAAAACGUGAUGGAUUUCCACUAUGGGUUGGGCUCUCAAGUCAUGAUGGAAGUGAAUCAAGUUUUGAAUGGUCUGAUGGCAGUACAUUUGACUACAUCCCAUGGAAAGAUAAAAUAUCUGCUGGAAAUUGUGUUGUCUUGGAUCCAAAAGGAAUUUGGACACAUGAAAAAUGCAAGUCUGUCAGGGAUGGUGCUAUUUGUUAUAAACCUAUAAAAUCUAAAGAGGUGCCUUCUCAUACAUACUCAUCAAGAUGCCCAGCAGUGAAAGGGAACGAGUCACAGUGGAUCCAGUAUAGAGACCACUGUUAUGCAUCCAACCAGGAAUUGCACAGUUUCUUAGAAGCCAAACAGUUUUGUUCAAAACUUGAUCAUUCUGCAACUAUUGUUACCAUCGAGGAUGAAGAUGAGAAUAAAUUUGUGAGCAGACUGAUGAGGGAAAAUAAUAAUAUUACCAUGAGAGUUUGGCUCGGAUUAUCUCAACAUUCUACUGGUCAGUCUUGGAAUUGGUUGGAUGGAUCAAAAGUGACAUUUGUCAAAUGGGCAAAUAAAACUAAGAGUGGUGGUGGCAAAUGUAGCAUUUUGUUAGCUUCAAAUGAAACUUGGAUAAAAGUUGAAUGUUCACAUGGCUAUGGAAGAGUUGUCUGCAGAGCUCCUCUGGACUGCCCUUCAUCUACCUGGGUUCAGUUCCAAGACAGUUGUUACAUUUUUCUUCAAGAAGCCAUCAAAGUAGAAGGCAUAGAAGAUGUCAGAAAUCAGUGUACUGAUCAUGGAGCAGACAUGGUAAGCAUACAUAAUGAAGAAGAAAAUGCUUUUAUACUGGAGACUUUGAAAAAGCAAUGGAAAGGCCCAGAUGAUAUCCUACUAGGCAUGUUUUUUGACACAGAUGAUGCAAGUUUCAAGUGGUUUGAUAAAUCAAAUAUGACAUUCGAUAAAUGGACAGACCAAGAAGAUGGUGAGGAUCUAGUUGACACCUGUGCCUUUUUGCACACCAAGACAGGUGAAUGGAAAAAAGGAAAUUGUGAAAUUUCUUCUGUGGAAGGAACCCUUUGUAAAGCAGCUAUCCCAUACCAAAAGAAAUAUUUAUCAGAUAACCACAUUUUAAUAUCAGCUUUGGUGAUUGCUAGCACAGUAAUUUUGACAGUUUUGGGAGCAAUCGUUUGGUUCCUGUACAAAAGAAAUUUGGAUUCUGGUUUCACCACAGUUUUUUCAACUGCACCCCAAUCACCUUAUAACGACGACUGUGUUUUGGUAGUUGCAGAAGAAAAUGAAUAUGAUGUUCAAAUUGACUAAGAUUUUGGAAAUUUUGGAGUAAGACAUCAAAUACCUUAACAGGGAUUCCUGUGCAGGAUUUUAAUGUAAAACUUAACAGUGAAAAUUACAGUUUUUGUGGUAUAUUUCCUCAUUCCAGUAACAUUCAUUAUUCUCAUGUAAUUGUGACAAAACUGAUCUUUAGGUUCAUUAUAAGAACAAAGUUUUUAAAAAGGAAUGAUCAUAGAUACAAACCACCCUAAAUGUAUCUUUCACUUAAAAAAGUUUAAAUCCCCAAGUAGUAAAGCAGAUAAAAAUAAAUACCUAGUCUACUGCUCUAUCUUCCUUCCCAUCUGGUUGAACCACCUUAGGUUAUAAUUGGGGAAAAAAAAAUUCCACCUACCACUGUAGUUUUAGCAAUCACCAGGUCUUAACCAAUUUCUAGGUCUUGCUCUUUUUCUAAUAAGUAAAAUAUGAGAAAUUAAACAUACUUUUAAAAAGAUCCUAUACAUUACAAUAUGGCACAUGCUAUCUACUAUGGCAGACAAUUCCCCUAAUAUUUUUAACUUCCUUUUUGAGUUAGAUGUGGAUAGGUUUUUAGAUUUUUACCACCCCAUAUUCUACAUAAUUUUAAAUAUUAUGAUAGCAAAAACUGCAGAAAAACACUACAUACUACUGUAGUGGAGAUACUCGAAGUUUUCAGUAUGUGUUCUGUACAUUUUAAUACACAGGUGAGAAGAAUCUUUCUGGGGGUAAAAAAUGAAAAUGAGCUGAAUGGAGUGAUUUUCCUUAGUAUCCUUUACAGCUUAAAAGAUAUUAGAAAAGCUAAAAAUACAGAGUUCACAUAAAAUUAUAUUUGCUGUAUUUAGAAACCUGAGAGCUCAAAAGUGGUCUCUCCUCCUAAUCCAUGUCGCACCAAUCAUCUUAUAGGAAAUACUUUUCUUAUGGGGAGAUACACUCUCCAAGCUUGACCAAUAGCAACAAAGUCCCAGCUUACAUUACAUGACCUAUCUCCACUGGCACUAUGAAUAACAUCCUUCAUCGCAAUUAAUAGCACUAUUGUUUAAUGACCUAGGAAAAACUACAAAGUGCUGCCAGGGCUACACAGUGUGGCUGUGUGGUACUGAGAGAGCAGAUGUUACACGAGCUGUAUUACACAAAACAACUAUGCUCUACAAGAGCUUUACAUUUCUAAGAUUUUGGAUACUAUUUUAUUCCUGAUAAAUUAUUAAGAGUGGUACUAAUAGUGAAUAACAGAUUGGAAUUCCUUACUACUUCUUCUAUUCAAAGUCUAUCAGUCCUUUAAGAACUAAGAUCUUAACUCUUCCUUAAAACUUUCUCUAAUAGUCACAGAUUUCUACAAUGUCUAAUAUGGUAGCCACAAACUACACAUGGCUAUUUAAGUUAGAAUUAAAUAUAACUUAAAGUUCAGGUCCUCAAUUCCACUAGCCACACUUCAAAUGCUCAAAACAUAUGUAGUUAGUAACUACCAUAACAGGCAAUACAAAUUAUAGAACAUUUGCAUUUCCAUUAUUACAAAGUUUUACUGAACAGUGCUGCUCUAGAAUCUCCCCUUACACAUAACUCCCAUACAACUAAUUUUCUUCUGUUCAUUUUGAUAACUUCUACCCAAUGCCAGCUCUUCUAAAAUGGCUACUUUAAACUGAUUUAACUUUCCAUAUUUGAUUUCAUUUUUCAAGUAAGUCCUUAGAGGUCCCUGGUUAGUGAAGUAUUACAUUUUAAUUUUCUUCAUACAUCAGGACAUCUGUAACUGGGCCUUUGCAUCUAUUCAGUGGUCAACAGCUAAUUGGAUCAUUCAAGUCUGUAUUUAUAUUUUUAAUAUUAUCAGUAACAUAAGCAUGUUUGUUUAUAUUCAAAAUGUGUAAGUUGCUUUCUUCAGAAUCUUGGUUUCAGUUAAUAAGGACAAUAUAAAUUCUUACUGUUUGGCAGGCACGGAGAGAGAAUAACAUUAAAUUGCAUUUUCCUAGGAAUUUGCAUUCUCUGUAGUGAGUACUAUAUGGUCUCUCGAUUUCUGUUUAUACAGUUUUAAAAGUAACAGCCAAUGAAAAGACUUUACUUAGUCCCUCUAAGUCACACAGGAUAUCAGAAACUUAUACAAUGCUGAAAUAUAAAAUAGUAAGUGGUACUACGGAACUGAAAGAAUACUAUAAAGCUCACACCACUGUGUAUCUUUGUCAUUAAGCAUUUAAUAUGACAAUAAACUGCAUACCAAUGGAGUGUU